GAGCAGGUUAUGGAGCUGUGCACAUGCCGAAUGUGACUUUUUACUUCUCAGGAUGGAGCUAAAUACUUUGCUGAGUGGAGCUCAGAUCGAUGUCCUCUCUACAGUGUACAUAGUUUUACUCACUCCCAGUGUGAUUGGGAGUUUCUCCGUCCUGGUGGUUUCCAUAGCAAGAUGGCAGCAUCUAAAAGAGCAGGUACACCUCCUGGUGCAGCUUGCUCUCGCCGACCUCCUAGCUGCUCUGAUCUUGAUGUCCACGAGUGUCAUGAACAAAAUACCGUUUGACAACAGUAUAGUCAUCUGCCAAUACGGCCUGCCGCUGUCACUGACAUUUUAUUUCAUUUCAUUCCUGCUGGUGGUCGUUUACGCCUGGAAGUCAAAGAAUGCAAUCCAAGGAUGGAGAGAAAGACCAGCGGAUGAUGAUCUGAAUACAUGUCGAAGACCAGAAAUAGUCAUACCUGUGUAUGCCAUUGUGUGGUUGAUCCCACUUGCACUUUACUUAGCAUAUGUGCUCACUCCUUUCAUGAAAGCUACUUUGCUGAUUCCAGCUACCAGCAGCUUGCCAAAUCGGGUCUCCAGUAACGAUAGCACGUAUUGCACCAGUUGUAUUUUGUUCUUGCACGUCUGGAGGGAAUCCUGCUCAGAUGUUGAGAUAAUCCAUGACGUUUUCAUCAGAGCUUUUCUUUUCAUUGUGGUGAUACCGGUGCUGGUGUCUUGCUCUAUUAUUUACUAUAAGGUUGGUAAGUGGUAUGAAAGACGAGAUCUGGAGGGGCUUUUUCCAGUGGAGGGAGAUGGGCGUUCAAGAAGAAGAAUGAAAAGAGCAAUUUCUACCUCAAGGAAUAUGGUGACAGUCAUCCUAAUCUGCUGGGCACCAGCGCUUUUCCUCAUCCUGCUAUCUACCUUGUUGAUGAGAACAAACGUUGAACAAUACAGUUUAUUUGGUGUUUAUAUGCUACAGGCUGCCAGCGUGUCUCUACAAGGUUUCCUGAACAGCAUGGUGUACGCCUGGAGAAGGCCCAACUUCACAGAGGCUGUUCUUGGAGAGAGCACACCCUUGGUGGCCUAUAAUCACAUGCCCUUUUUUGAAGAGUCAUUGAGGACCUCGUUUUAAUGCUUUGGACUAUAAACACAUGG